AUGUCACGAAGAGUUUCUCCGUUUAGUUUCAAAGAUGAAGGGAUCACUGGUACAUAUGAUGCUUUAGACCCAUGGUUGAGAUUCAUCUCACUCCGCGAUCGAAAGAACACAGAAGCCUGUGGUUUAUCAAGUAAAUUGUCGUCUGGAGACUUGGAGCAGGCGGCCACACCAAGGAAGUCAGUUUGGUUGUUUGUGGUCAGAAAACGCACAACUCUAGCACUGAGAAGACCAGAUUAUCCCCAUAAUGUCUGCUCAUAUGUGUAUGUAUAA